GAUCACAAACCUUACCUCCUCAAUUUGUCAAAUAUCUUCCACUCUUCCCAACUUUUUUUUUUCUUUCACCAACCCCCCUCCCCCUCUUUUUCUCUUCUAUCUCUCUAUGGCACUGUGCACAAUUUUGGGUACGACGACGGUCCGCCCCCACCGUUGCCCUAAGUGCCACCCUCGAUCUUAUGUUCGCCUGGUACAGCAUUUGAUAGAGAAAUGCUUGCUUUUUCGAAUGAACCGCGAUGAUUGUGUGAAGGCACUAGCAAAGCAUGCUAGAAUCCAACCAUCCAUUACCGUUACAGUUUGGAAAGAGCUGUCCAAAGAGAAUCCUAGCUUUUUCAAAGCAUAUUUAGACAACAUUUCGCAGAAAAUGGAAAAGCAAGUGGAGUCCGGCUGCUCUUUAAUGAUCUGAUCUACGGGCGUAACGUCAGUAGCUGCGGACAGUGCUAUGGACCUAACAAAUCUGUAUUGUUUGUGCAACGACACAUACGCCAUUUUAGAGCUUCCUGGAAUUCAAGGAGCACCGAUAUGCUCCUUGCACCGCUACGGACCGUAGCGGUGUCAAGUUUGAAUCGCUACAUAUCCAGCCACAUGUAUCGGUGUAAAACAAAACAGAAAUGUUUCUAUGUGACUCCAACAAUAUAUAAGCUAUAUGUGAUCCUACUUCUUAGCAAUCGAAUGGUCACGAUCGCUCAUACUACAA